CGCUCGGAAACCCCGCGCCCUCAGAAGACGCACAAGAUGGCGGCGAUCGGCGGAUAGACGAACAUUCGCGUAAACACUCGAACGAUUCGAGCCGUUCCGUGCUAAUCGGAGCUUUAACGACACCUGAAGGCGGUUAAACAUCCGAGUACCGUGCUGCUCGGAUGGGUCGGGGUUGUGUGAGGUUCGGCUCAAUCUGAGGGUUAAUUAACUGCUUUCCUGAGUUGAAGAUGACUGAUAGGAGGUAGCGUCAGCUUUAGGUUUAACGUUAGUGUUGUGAUAUAAACGCUUGUCUUUCCGAGGGUCCGAUCAAACCGGACCCAGGCUCCGGCUCGUUUAGUGUGGAUUAGUCAGGGUUAGGAUGAGCGGCGGCCGGCUGCGCGGAUCUGAGGCGAGGCAGUGCUAGCUUUGUGCGUCAGGACUGCUAGUGCUGGUUCGGUUCGGUUCGGUUCGGUUCGGUUCGUGCGGGAAAGAUGAGCGACACCCGGCGGCGGGUGAAGGUGUACACGCUGAACGAGGAGCGGCAGUGGGAGGACCGGGGCACCGGGCAUGUGUGCUGCUCGGAGCCGGACUCGCUGACGGUCACCGGCGAGGCUGACGGCUCUCUGCUGCUGGAGUCCAAGAUCAACCCCGACACCGCGUAUCAGAAGCAGCAGGACACGCUCAUCGUCUGGUCCGAAGCGGAGAACUACGACCUGGCUCUGAGCUUCCAGGAGAAAGCAGGCUGUGAUGAGAUCUGGGAGAAGAUCUGUCAGGUGCAGGGCAAGGAUCCGUCUGUGGAGAUCACGCAGGACCCCGGGGACGAGUCUGAGGAGGAGCGGUUGGAGGACAUGCUGGAGAGCGGUCACCCGCUGGAGCUGCCCCCCUGCGAGCCGGGCUGUCUGGAGGAGCUGGAGGAGCUGGUGAUGUCCGUGCUGCCGUCGCCGGUCCGGCGGGAGAAGCUGGCGCUUGCGCUGCUCAGCUCAGGGUAUAUCAGGAAGCUGCUGCAGCUGUUCCGGGCGAGCGAGGAGGAGGGGGACCGCCGGGGCCUGCAGCAGCUGCACCAGAUCGUGCGCGGCCUGCUCCUCCUCAACAAGGCCACGCUGUUGGAGGUGAUGUUCUCCGACGACUGCAUCAUGGACGUGGUGGGCUGCCUGGAGUACGAGCCGGCGCUGCUGCAGCCCAAGAGCCACCGCCAGUUCCUCACCGAGACGGCCCGCUUCAGAGAGGUGAUCCCCAUCAGGGACUCGGAGCUGCGGCAGAAGAUCCACCAGACCUACCGCGUGCAGUACAUCCAGGACAUCAUCCUGCCCACACACUCUGUCCUCGAGGACAAUUUCCUGUCCACGCUGUCCUCCUUCAUCUUCUUCAACAAAGUGGAGAUCGUCAGCAUGCUGCAGGAGGAUGAGAAGUUCCUGACGGAGGUGUUUGCUCAGCUCACAGAUGAAGCUACAGAGGACAGCAAGAGGAGAGAGCUGGUGAACUUCUUCAAGGAGUUCUGUGCUUUCUCACAAACGCUGCAGCCACAGAACAGAGACGCCUUCUUCAAAACGCUGGCCAAUCUGGGCAUCUUACCGGCGCUGGAGAUCGUGAUGGGCAUGGAGGACGAGCAGGUGAAGUCUGCAGCCAUGGACAUCUUCUCUUACCUGGUGGAGUUCAGUCCGUCUGUGGUGCGCGAGUUCAUCAUGCAGGAGCCGCAGCAGGCCGACGACGACGUGCUGCUGAUUAACGUGGUGAUCAAGCAGAUGAUCUGUGAUUCGGACCCAGAGCUGGGUGGUGCAGUGCAGCUCAUGGGGCUCCUGAGGACCCUCAUGGACCCCGAGAACAUGCUCGCUCCGGCCAGCAAAGCAGAGAAGAGUGAGUUCCUGAGCUUCUUCUACAAGUACUGUAUGCACGUGCUGACGGCUCCACUGCUGGCUAACACCGGCGAGGAGGACCCAGAUCUGAUGGAGGGAGCGGCUAAACCCAACCCCGUGUGUCCAGAUAACUUCCAGACGGCGCAGCUGCUGGCUCUGAUCCUGGAGCUGCUGACCUUCUGCGUGGAGCAUCACACGUACCACAUCAAGAGCUACAUCAUGACCAGAGACCUGCUGAGGAGGGUGCUGACGCUCAUGAACUCCAGACACAGCUUCCUGGCACUCUGUGCGCUGCGCUUCAUGAGGAGAAUCAUCGGCCUGAAGGACGAGUAUUACAACCGCUACAUCGUGAAAGGAAACCUGUUCGAGCCGGUCAUCAAUGCGCUGCUGGACAACGGCACCAGAUACAACCUGCUGAACUCGGCCAUCAUCGAGCUCUUCGAGUUCAUCAGAGUGGAGGACAUCAGAUCUCUGAUUGCACACAUCGUGGAUAACUUCUCCACGGCGCUGGAGUCCAUCGAGUACGUGCAGACCUUCAAGGGCCUGAAGGGCCGCUACGAGCAGGAGAAGCAGCGGCAGAGCCGAGGAUUUAGCAGGUAUCGCAGGGACGGCCGCUCCUUCCAGGAGGACGAGGACACGUGGCUGAACGAAGACGAGGAAGACGAGGGUGUCACAGACAAGAGUAAGAGCGACUACGGGACGUUCAUGGAGAGCGAGAAAGUGAAAGAGAGUCAGGACAAGGAGAACCAGCCCAAGCGGACAGCAAGUGGCAGCUUCAAGUUCAGCUUCUCUCACUCGUCUGGAGCGGCUAACACGGCUAAUGGCUCCAAACCUCCUCCCUCCGCCUCCUCCAGCAGAGCUGCAGCGCCACCUUCAGGCCAGACGGCCCGGACCGGGCUGGUGGACUAUCCAGACGAUGAGGACGAGGAGGAGAGCGCUGAUGAGGAGCAGUCGCCGCGCAAGAGGCCUCGUCUGGGCUCGUAAAGCCCCAGCAGAACCAGAGAGCUUCCAGUGAGCCAGUCGCAGCGCAGCAGGGGCUGAUGGGAGCGCGCGCAGGCUAGCAGGACUAGCCGCACUGAUCGAGCUGAAGAGCUUCCUUUCUUAGUGAUUUCUUCUGGACGCUUGUGUUUUUAAUGAUUGGCGGGGGAUGAGAGCGUCAUUAACCUUUGUAAUCAGACAUCUGGGAUUCAGGCUCGAAGGUGCGGCGCUGGUGGUUUUUAAAUGUGUUGAUUUGUGUGAUUUGUGGAGCAGAGCAAGAGCACUGAUUGAAGGUCAGCUGUGUCUCGUCUGUCUCACUGCGAGAGAAUACCGAGUGUUAAAUGAAGCUGAUCGGACUCCAGAUGGGUAGAUGAAAUAUUAAAAGCGGUUUUUGUUGUUCCCCUCAUUUUUGUACACUUUGCUACUAGCACCAUCUCCGUUAAAGAGCAUUUGUAUGAAUUUGAUAUUUUUUACAAUUUUCAGAUUAAAUUUGGUCCUGCAAUUAAA